AUGAAAGCAAAGAUUAUGAUAUUCAGUUCGAGCAUGUCAAGAAAAUUAAGCAUUCUGAUGAGAGUUAAAAGCACUUCAAACGUGAGCUACCAAAAAGUGCUUAAACAGUAUAGCAGUCGCUUGAGUGACUACGAGCGUCAAGAGAUUGAAAAAUAUCCGGAAAUUUGGUAUUUAGGCAUGGAAUCGUGCAAGAUAAACGCCAAACCUGGAACGCCAUUGAAUUGUGGUUAUGACGAUGAAAAUGGAAGCUAUAAUAAGAAUAUUUUAGCAACAGGAGGUUGUGAAAGUGACGAAGACAUGCAAGUGUUGAAAUAUGAUAAAGCAACAAAAUAA